AUGGGGCCCCCGGGCAAUAAGGAAUCAUGGUGCCCCUGUGUCCUUGCCCAAAAUAAAAAAAAGGAUAUGAAAAAGGUACCAAGGGCAUCUCAUGGGGCCCCCUACUGACCCCGAGCCCUCGGGCACAAGGUUCCUCCCCAGAAAACAUUCAUUCUGAUUGUGUGAGAAGACUUCAUGAGCAGGGGCGGACUGACAACUCAUGGGGCCCCCGGGCAAUAGGGGAUCAUGGGGCCCCUAUGUCCUUGCCCAAUCUCAAAAAAAAGCCUAUGAAAAAGGUACCAGGGGCAUCUCAUGGGGCCCCCUACUGACCCCGGGGCCCUCGGGCAGUGCCCGAGUUUCCAAAUGGUCAGUCCGCCCCUGUUCAUCAGCAACA